GCUCUCUGCACUUGACGCCCACAGGACUUGACAACGACGGCCUAAUUGAACAAACAAUAGACCGUCGUGCGACACUGUCUGUGUGCCCUCCGCCAUGUUGCAGUACCGUCUCAUCACCCAGCUCUGAGCAUGGCAACACAAUCAUCGACGAUCGACGCUGCAAGUGAGACACGGGCGGCGGCCGUUCCGUCGCGGCGCGGCGGUCUUGCAAAGCACGAAUACUUCUGGCGUGACCGACAGCCAUGGCUGCAGGAGCGCGGGUAUUUGCUUCGCCCACGAUACAGACCAGACUGGAAGCCUUCAUGGUUAGAAUCAGGCAGACCCUAUAUGCUUUGCGAAGAUGGUCAGAGCACAUUGAUGGAUACAGUCUUAGAUGCUACCCGGGAGUCUGACGGUCUACUGGUGACUCUAAAGGUGGUUGAUACCAUCGUCCAUCCGUAUGAGGUAGAAAUCGCGCAGUUCCUGUCGUCCGAACCAUUGGCGCAGGAUCUGCGCAACCGCUGCGUGCGCAUCCUCGACGUCUUGCAGGAUCCCAUCGAACCUCACAAAUUGAUACUUGUGAUGCCUCUCCUCAAGCCGUUCAGAGAGCCUAAGUUCUUGACUUUUGGAGAAGUGGUUGCCUUCAUUCAACAGGCUAUUGAAGGGCUACGCUUCAUACAUGAUCAUCACGUUGCUCAUCGCGACAUAUCGAUAUUGAACGUCAUGAUGGACGCGACACCGAUGUAUUCGGAAAAGUUAUGGCAUCCCCGGAUGCCAAUAUUCAACCGCGACUUCUCCGGCAGAGCGAAGCACUACAGCCGCACCGAGCGACCUGUCAAUUAUUUCUACAUCGACUUCGGCUUGUCGCGCAAGUACGAUCCUGCCGACUGUCCACCACGAGAACUCCCAAUUCUUGGUGGUGACAAGAGCGUACCAGAAUUUCAAGACGACGGCUACGAUGUGCCAUCUGAUCCCUUCCGUACCGACAUCUACUACCUUGGCAAUCUCAUACGUAGCACCUUUCUGAAUAGAUAUCACGGGUUUGGGUUCAUGGAAAAACUUGUGGCCGACAUGGUACAAGACGAUCCAGAGAAGCGGCCAACCAUUGCGGAGGUGGAGACUCGGUUCGACGAGAUAUCUCGUCGCAUGUGGUCGUGGAAGCUUCGGUCGAGGCUAGUGCGUAAAGGCGAGAAUAUCUUGUUGAGUGCAGUGCGUGGCACGCGUCACCUCUUCCGUACAGCGCGGUUCAUUUCGAAGCGAUUGCCUGCUGUACCAACUCCCUCAUCAUGACCUCUACAUCUCUGAUACAUUGUCCACACUACGAUAUCGCUAUUCCUUUCUAUCGAUCUUCUUCAGUCUAUACGGGAAAUGUUACGCGGCCUUCUUUGUCACGAAGACCCCCAUCUGCUACGCCGUGUAUCUUUAUGUGGAGAUAUGUGAGCAUUACUGAAUACAUGUCAUCUGCUCGUGA